AUGGGCUUAUUCAAGAAGUCUGGCGACGGUGACGAUGACUCGUCCAACCGCCGUGCACUUUUUGGAUCUCGAUCCAAGAGCAAGAGUCCCGCUCCGCCCACGAAUCCCUAUGCAAAGCCGAUUCCGGUGGAUCCAUAUACUAGAGCCAAGAUGAACGCUGGAGUAGCGCCUCUUCCACCUUCCGAACAGUCUACUGGAUCAGGCUCGAUGAAGGGACCUUCCGGACGUGCUCCCUCUGGACCUCCUGCAGGUGGUAUUCCCGGUGAUCAUAAGGUCCAGGGCUACGCACCCAAUCAAUACGGCAACCAAGGCGGAUACGGCAAUGAUCGUUUCGGUAGCGGUGGCGGCGCUUCGACCUCGCGAUACGGCCCUGGUGGCUAUGGAGGAUUAGGCAGCACCGAUCCAAAUGAUCCCGCGGCGGAAGACAGGGACGCACUUUUCGGAGGCGCGAGGGACCGUAUGCAACAGCAGCAGCAGAACGGACCUCCCCCCCCGUAUUCGGAACCCAACAAUGUUUACGGAGGUGGAAGCAAUGAGUACAACACAUCCACCUAUCAAGAAAGGAACCUCACCGCAGAGGAAGAGGAGGAGGAGGAGAUCCAAGGUAUUAAGCAAGAAAUGCGAUUCAUCAAGCAGGGUGACGUUGCGUCCACCCGCAAUGCUCUCCGAGUCGCCGCGCAAGCUGAGGAAACCGGUCGCGAAACUCUCGCUCGUCUAGGAGCCCAGGGCGAGCGAAUCCAUGAUACGGAAAAGGCUCUUGAUGUUGCGACUAUCGAAGGUCGACUAGCGGAGGAAAAGGCCAAGGAACUGAAGACGCUUAACAAGAGCAUGUUCGCAGUCCACGUUUCAAACCCCUUCACCAGCUCCAGACGACGACGGGAGCGGGACGAGAAGAUUAUCGAAACGCACCGCGCCGAGCGAGCGACUCGGGAGGGCACGCGCAAAGAAGCAUUUCAGACCAACCAACGAAUGGAGCGCACGUUCCGGGAGAUCGAUAGAGAAGCCGGAAAAUCGCACACCAAACACAGAGCGAAUGUUACCGAACGUGCCAAGUACCAGUUUGAGGCGGAUAGCGAGGAUGAGGCUAUGGAGGACGAGAUUGAGCAGAAUCUGGACCUCUUAUCUGGUGCCGCAGGCCGUUUGAAUGGACUUGCUCGUGCUACCGGCCGCGAACUCGACGAGCAAAACAAGCAUCUGGAACGGAUCAUGGGCAAGAGCGAUUUCGUCGACGAUCAGAUCGCCAUGAACCGGGCCAAGUUGGAUCGUAUCAACUGA